UUGAAAAAGAAAACUGGUGCAGCAGUUUUCUUGCUGCGCAUUUUCGGAACUUGUAUUGUUCAUGUUUCUAACCCUAUUCAUACGGUAACUAAAAUAAAAGUAGAGUACUUAUCGAAACUAUAUGAUUUUCAGAUUGUUGUGAAAGCAGAAGGCGACAAUGAAAUUCUCACAGAAAAAGCGAAAACCCGGAUGAAAUUCAAUUUGAUUCGCCUCAAAGAAGAAGAAGGUGGCGGUAGAGAUGCUGAAAAAGAGAAUGAAGGAACAAGUAUUGGAAGAGGACAAAGAAGUGUUGUAUUGAAUGAUCAAAGAAGAAACAAGACAAAGAAUGAAGAAAAAGAGAGAGAAAGACAAAAACAGUCGGGAUUAUUGUUGACUGAGGUAGCAAAAGCUCGAUUGGCGAAACAAGGGGGUGAAAGUGACGAGAAAUAUCCAGCGAAUUUGCCCGAAAACAAACGAGCGGAAUUUGUUCAGUUGAGAUCUGCUGCAUCGGCUGCAAGUUUGAAUGCUCAAAUACAACUGAGUAAAAUGUUAAUUGAUGAGAAUGUGAUCCAACUCGAAUCAGCUCUAGAGAUGACCGAAAGUGGAUAUAACCAAGACAUUAGACCAUCCAUAAAUGUAAGCGAAAUAAUUAAAAAACAGAGCCUGACUACAUUGAUAAUUUUCAGAUGGUUCACUUCAAAAUAUGGCUAAUUGGAGUGACAAAAUUUUUGAAUGAUGCAAUUUUGGAAUUGACAGAAAAACACCCAUCAACUCCAAACGAUUUUGCGAUUCUGUUGCCCGCCUCGUUCUCAAAAAACUCAAUUUGGACACUUCGAACCAUAUCGAAUAUAAUUGAAGUUGAGCAAGGAAAAUUGAAAAAAUGA